AUGUCGCUUAAUGGGUUAGAUGAUCCCUCUAUCAUCGAGUCAUACCAGAGUGCGCUCACAGAGGCCGGUGGAUGGUUUCUACUCAAAUAUGUUUCGCGAGAUGUCGUUGCUCUUCUUCACAAGGGGACCGGCGGCGUCGUGGAGAUACGCUCGACCAUAACCGCAUACCAGGAGAAAUCGCCGCUCUAUGGCUUUCUACAGUAUCGCCGGCGAAAGAUCAUACUCAGAUAUGUGCCUGAAGGAAUCUCUAGGCUGAUCCAAGACCGGUUCUCUCCUCACGAUACUGUGUUCUCACUUAGCACCCCCUCUGAACUCAGCGAAAAUGCCCUCUCUUCCACUUGUAUGCUUCACGCCGCAUCCGGCUCUAUGACUUCAUCCAACAGCUCACUGCGGCAACAACGCCUGGGAGAAAUCACGGAAGACGCGGAGGAGAAUGGAUCGGAUGAAGAAAAGCCCACCAAACCUGCUCCAUCCUCUUCCAGCCGUAGCAGGACGGAAAGUGUCUUCAGUGGAGCCUCAGAGGCAACCGCUGUGCCAAACCAGAAGAUGUUGCGAGAUGGAGGUUCGAAAUCCCGGCCAGGAAGCGCCCUCCUAUUCUCAGAGGCAGUCUCAACUAAACCAUUACCUCCAGUUCCCGAUCUGAAUACUCCAAGAGGCGCCAAUGGCAUCCAUCAACAGCAUCUACUCGACCAACUAUCCCAGCCUCUCCCGGAGUCACGAAUGUCCUCUCAGUCCGUCAGGCCAUCAUUCCGCGAUCUAGAUCAGAUAAGCAUGCAUAGGCCAAAAGUACGACUCGGCCCUCGACCAUCGCUGGAUGCCAACGGCCGACCCAAGACGGCAGGCUCCAUGACUCGCUCUCAUGAACCUCGGCCGGUUGCAUCGCUGCCUGUGGGAAUGCGGUCAAGGAAGCAGUCUGUGUCACGCCCAAAGUCGCAGCCGGACUAUGAUCAAAAUGAUCCCCAAGCUCAUGGAACAACACCUCCUGUUCCUCCUUUACUAGUCCCACCGCCAGUGAUAAUUGGAUCCUUUUCGAGACAUGCCCCUUCGUCUCCCAGAUCGCUUCGAAGCUGUGCCACGACCAUUGGGAUGACUCCAGAGAAACAGCGUCUGAUGCGAGCUCUAGAACUACGGAGGCAGCAGAUGGCAAAACAUCCAAGGAAAGCUGCAUCGAAGGCUCCAGAACAAAUACCAGAGCCAAAGGGGCAAAAGGAUAAUGGAGAAGUCCCUAGCAAAAUAGUCACUAAAGAAGGAUCGGCGUUUGUGGGCCCAACUAUUGACAAGGAUGCUGCUAAUACACCACAAGUCAGUCAGACAGCUGUCUCUGAGAGCAGAAAAAUUACAACGUCGCCAGAAAUGCAGGAGUCUGUACAAACACCUUCUUCGGAGGCAUCAACGCCUGACUCGGCUGUUGGAUUAUCACCGUCACACACUUCAAUUGCAUUAAAUCAGAAGAAAACCUACUGUCAGCCUGCUGCUGAAAAGGAGGCGGACCCCAAGCUCACACCUCCUCAGACACCUCCUGAGGGAUUGGAGCUCCUUAAACCGGUAGUCUACUCUGCACCGAAGAUGGUCGUUGACAACCCGGCUUCACAACCAGAACAGAUGGUCGAGCCUGAGGAGCAAACCACGAGCUCUUCCAUAGUUUCUAACCUCCCUCAAGACUCCCCCGACUCCUCCCUUUCCUCCUCUGUCGCCUCUCAGUCGAUCGAAAAAUCUUCCGUAGCAAUAAGCUCUCCUUCAACUCUACGAAACGUGUCAGACACCGAAUCAGACGUCCUUUCGAAACACACCAGAUAUGCCAACUCCUCUCAGUCGAGCAUUGCUGAUGUGAUCCCCGACAUUACCAAUGAGAGUUCGCCCAAACCUGUACAAGAUGCAGCUACUUCCAACGGGAAUGCGGAACAAUGCCCUCCUCAAGUUACCGUAGUCGCCGAUUCAGACUCUGAGCUUAGUCUAGAUAUACCUACUCCCCGAGACGCAAAGGAUGGGACUUCUGAUAUAAAAGAAGGGGUGUCUGGUGUACCGUCACCUGUCAUCCAGGUUGAAAAUAACGAUGUCUCGAAUGAGGAACAUGGGGCAAUUAAAGAACCCAAAUCGGAUAUGGAUGCUUCUGAUGCUGGAGUGGCCGGUACCAAGGAAAAACGAAUUGCAAUGCUGGAUCCCAUUCAAAUACCAUCAAGCGUCAGCAAUACCGAAGAAGACAUGCUUCUUUCCGAUGAUUCUUUCAUGGAGGAGCUUGGGAGUGCAACCUUACAAGAGGCUCGGCCCAUCACGAUUCCCCGUACGCCUACGAGUAAUGGCGGGAAGGGUCUCUCUCCUGUUGAACGCUGGAACGGUUCUCGCAUGGUUUCCAAUUCCUCUAUUAGAUCUGACAUCGAAGCACUUCCAGCCGGCGUUGCUUCAUCCAGAGCCUUCUUUGAGUCCGAAAAGUCCGCUCCCGUACUCGUGGCAAAGAAGGUAAACGUCUCUUCUGGCAUUUCAAAGCGUAUCAAGGCUUUGGAAAUGUUCUCAAGCCGUGAAGCCAGUUCGGCCCCAGACAAAGCUCCAAACAGACCCGAGCAUCCAAAAUCUGUAUCACCCUCCGCGUUUGAGAAAUUCCGGAAACGAACUUCAAUAUCCCAAUCUCCAGGAACCAUCUCACCCUCACCCAGCAACUUAGCUCUACCUCAAGCUGCUGAUAAUGCUACUAAAAGUAAUGACUCCAAAGUAGUAAACCGACCCAAAUCAAAAUCAGUCUCUGUCACAGCUAGGAUUGUUCGCGGUGCAUCUGCCGGUGCGUCUGAGAACCCAUCAGACUCAGAGCCGAACUCUCUGGGCCUUCAACGCAGUGAGAUUAUAGUUGAACAGAACGGAGAAACCGCUUCCCAGCCUUCCAACCUGAGUAUCAGGAGCCCUGAAAAACGCCAUUCGAUAUGUUCGAGCACAGGCUCAAAACGAAACUCAUACAGUGGCCAUAGAUCUUCUCCGUCCGAUACCAUAAACAACAGGGUCCCCAUCCCCUCUCGACCACUGUUUGACUCCACACAUUCCCACUCUUCAAGCGACGUAGCUCAUUAUAACGCUGAUAGCCUAGAUGAAACGAAGGAAGAUAAGAAAGGAUCGCGCAAGCUGCGAAUCAUUCGCCGCAUGUCGUCCAUCACUACAAACUCUCGACGAAAAUCCACUGCCAAAGAUCAUAAGAUAUCGGCUACCGCCCCACCACCACCAAAGAUAGACGAAUCUUUAGAUGGCAGCGCACAGGCGUCAAUUCACGGCGUCGAUGUUGGUGAAGUCAACGUUCAAUUCCCUGACACCCUGUUGUGGAAGCGUAGAUUUAUGCGCGUCGACGAAGGAGGAUACUUGACUCUUACUCCUGGAACGAUUGAUGGAAAUCCCCGAAAUACCGUGAAACGCUACCACCUUUCUGAAUUCCGAAGACCAUAUGUGCCCGACCAUGAUAGACAGGAGCUACCCAAUAGCAUCCUUCUAGAUUUCUGUGAUGGAAAUACGCUUCAAUGUGCCUGUGAAUCAAAGCAGGGACAAAAUAUCACUCUUCAAACUCUUAUCGAGGCUCACCGUGCUUAUACCCAAUAA